AUGCGUGUAUGUACGUCUACGUCCGUAUUUGUGCGUGUAUUUAUGUCUGCGUGCGUAUUAGUGGCGUUCUCUCUCUCUCUCUCUCUCCUUAUAUUCAUCUGCUCAGCCUGCAAAAUAUGUUCCAAAUAUAAAGUGUUCAUUUUUUUUAUCGCUCUUUUUAUGAUAGCUCGCUUUCUUCUUAAGAUUAUUCCCAACCAACAUCCACCGUCAACCAUUUUUCUCAGUUUCACUUCAUCCAUAUUUUUCCUUCAAUUCUUCUUUAUUGACAUAUUUGAUUUCUUUAUUCCUCCGCUCUUCUUUCUUGUCCGCUUGCAUAUGAUUUCUUGUAGCAAGAUAAACAGUUUCCUCUCUUUGCUAAGACUAAUGACUACAAGCCGCUCACACAUUCAUUCACCACACAAGCUCUUUAGGCAAAUGACUCACCUGCUUUCACCUCUCUCUCUCUCUCUCUCUCUCUCUCUCUCUCUAUCUAUCUAUCUCUCUCUCUAUCUCUUCAGCAUAGGAUCUAUCUAUCUAUCUAUCUAUCUAUCUAUCUAUCUAUCUAUCUAUCUAUCUAUCUAUCUAUCUAAUUUGAGUGUAUGCGCGUGCGUGGAUGGAUAUUGA